CCGGGCACCCGGGCUGUCCUCCGCGCAGCCCACUCAAAGCCGUGGUCUCCCUCCUGGAGGCCGCCCGGCCUGAGCCGAAGCCCGGGUCACCUGCCCCUCUCGCUUGAGCCUCUGGCCUCGGCUUCCAGCGCUGGGCCUUGCCCUGCCCGUCUGCCCGCUUCACACUGCAUCCAGCCCCCGAAUUCGCGCCACACCGCCCCUGAGCCAGGCUGAGGACAAGCAACCUGGUUCUGGUCCCCAGGCCCCUCCAAACUCUUGACAUCUGCAGCUGCACCUCUGCCUGAGCAGGCCCCACCGCCGGACCCCCAGCUCUCUUCCUGGCCGAAGGCAGGAGAGCACGACAUUGAACAGGAAGACCCCCGGGGGCGCACUCCCCUGGAGCUGGCCGUGUCCCUGGGGAACCUGGAAUCUGUGAGAGUCCUCCUUCGACACAAUGCCAAUGUGGGCAAAGAGAGCUGCCAGGGCUGGGCAGCAGCCUGGUGCCCCUAGUCCUGCAGGAGGCAGUCAGCACUGGGGACCCCGAGAUGGUACAGUUGGUGCUCCAGUAUCGGGACUACCAGAGGGCCACGCAGAGGCUGGCUGGCAUUCCGGAAUUGCUCAACAAACUCCGCCAGAAAUCGCCACAGAACUUCAGAUGUGAGCCUCCUGGUGAAUGCCUGUCUCCUGGGGGGAGAGUUUCAUCUGACUCAGCCCCCGAUUUCUACGUGGAGAUGAAGUGGGAGUUCACCAGCUGGGUGCCCCUCGUGUCGAAGAUGUGCCCCAGUGACGUGUACCGAGUGUGGAAGCGGGGGGAGAGCCUGCGGGUGGACACCAGUCUUCUGGGCUUCGAGCACAUGACCUGGCAGCGCGGCAGGAGAAGCUUUAUCUUCAAGGGCCAGGAGGCAGGAGCCUUGGUGAUGGAAGUGGACCACGACCGGCAGGUGGUGCACACUGAGACGCUGGGGCUCGCCCUGCUUGAGCCCGAAGCGCUGCUGGCCGCCAUGCGGCCCAGUGAAGAGCACGUGGCCAGUCGGCUCACCUCUCCUAUCGUCUCCACCCACCUGGACACGCGCAAUGUGGCCUUCGAGAGGAACAAAUGUGGUAUCUGGGGCUGGCGGUCUGAGAAGAUGGAAACCGUUAGCGGCUACGAGGCCAAGGUCUACAGUGCCACCAAUGUGGAGCUGGUGACACGCACUCGCACGGAGCACCUCUCUGAUCAGGACAAGUCGAGGAGCAAAGGAGGGAAGACUCCAUUCCAGUCCUUCCUCGGGAUGGCUCAGCAGCAUUCCUCCCACAGCGGGGCUCCUGUGCAGCAGGCCGCCAGCCCCACCAACCCCACAGCCAUUUCCCCCAGUGAAUACUUCGAUCCCAACUUCAGCCUGGAGUCGAGGAACAUUGGCCGCCCCAUUGAGAUGUCCAGCAAAGUACAGAGGUUCAAGGCCACGCUGUGGCUGAGUGAGGAGCACCCGCUCUCCCUGGGCGACCAGGUGACGCCCAUCAUUGACCUGAUGGCCAUCAGCAAUGCUCACUUUGCCAAGCUGCGUGACUUCAUCACCCUGCGCCUUCCUCCCGGCUUCCCAGUCAAGAUUGAGAUUCCCCUUUUCCACGUGCUCAAUGCCCGCAUCACCUUCAGCAACUUGUGCGGCUGUGACGAGCCCCUGAGCUCGGUGUGGGUGCCGGCCCCCGGCUCUGGUGGCCUGGCAUCAGGGAGCCCCUUCCCGUGUGAGGUGGACCCCGCUGUGUUUGAAGUGCCCGAGGGGUACAGUGUGCUGGGCGCAGAGCGCAGCGAGCCCCUUCGUGACGAGGAUGACGACCUGCUACAGUUUGCCAUCCGGCAGAGCCUGCUGGAGGCGGGCGCGGAGGCCGAGCAGGUGACUGUCUGGGAAGCCCUGACCAACACCCGACCUGGUGCCCACCCUCCUCCCCAGGCCGCCGCGUAUGAGGAGCGGCUUCAGCUGGAGCGGGCCCUCCAAGAAAGCCUGCAGAUGUCCACAGAGCCCAGCGGCCCAGAAUCCCCUCACAGGACACCCCCAGCCCCGGCCCCCCCAAGCUUUGAGGAGCAGCUGCGCCUGGCCCUGGAGUUGUCCUCGAGGGAGCAGGAGGAGCGGGAACGACGCGGGCAGCAGGAGGAGGAAGACUUACAGAGGGUCCUGCAGCUCUCACUCACGGAGCACUGAGCCCGCGGCCCCCAGGACAGCCGUCGGGGCUGCUCCCCCACCUGCUUUUGUAACUUAUUUAUUUAUAAACUCUCUGCUGCUAAGCUCAGGGCCUGGAGCCCUGGAGGUGGGCUUGCAUUGGAGACCUAGGUGGAAAUAAAGAGACUUUGGCAGCA